AUGAUUCCCAGAGGCGUCGCUGCCCUCGGCACUCCGGCCUUGGAGAUCGGCCAGAUCCUGCUUGGAAAUGCCAGCAGAUACACCAUCCAGAAAAAGAUCCGCGAGGGUGUUUGGAUCGCUACAAACCCCAUGGGAAGCAAGUCGAUUGUCAAGGGCGUCCAGGGCAUCUCGGGUGCGCAAAACGAGCACAAUGUCCUCCGCAAGUUCCAGGGCAACCCCUUCCUCCGCCCUGUCAUCGACGAGAUUCAGCAGGAGGCCCCGAUGAUUGUCCUCCGCCACAUGGACGACACCCUCCUCAAGGCCACCGUCAAGAAGCCCCUGACCAACCGCGAGAUUCGCUUCGUCGCCCGCGCCGUCCUCCGCGGCCUUUCCACCCUCCACAAGGAUGGAUACGUCCACACCGACAUCAAACCCGACAACAUCCUCGUCAACUACGCCUCCGCCGAUGAGGCCGACCCCGACUUGCGCUUCUCCGACGUUCAGAUCGGCGACCUCGGAGCGUCUUACUCGGUCGACUCUGAUGUCGCGCGCAAGGGCUUUCUGAUCGGUGCCCCUAUCUGGACCAGCCCCGAAGUCCUGAUGGAGGUUCCCUGGGGUACGGCAAGCGACAUCUGGGCUUUCGGUUCCAUGAUGAUCGCCCUGCUUCACGGCGGCGACUACAACCCUUUCCGUCCCGCCAAUGCCUCCUACCACGACCGCAGCUAUAUCUUUGAGGUCCUCCGCCAGCAGUCUCGCCGUUUCGGUGCCAUCCCCGAGACUUAUCUCGAGCGCGCCCGUCCUGGCAAGGCCAUGGCCGCCAAGGCCCUCACUGUCGGCCGCAAGGUUGAGCCUCUCGACUUCCGCACCGCCUCGCACUUCAUCAACCGCAUCAUGCGCAUGGACGCCGCUGAGCGCCCGACUGCCGACCAGCUUUUGGAGGAGAUGUCCGGUCUCUUCGAGGACUAA